AGCCAUUCAAAGAGAAUGUCGCACCUGUUCUAUUGGAUACUGCAAGUGUCUGUAGUAAAGAAGGAAAACUCUGAAGCUCAGAUGUGCAAAUACAUCUAAAGAAGGAAUGAACUGAAGAUCCUCUUGGGAGAAAGAUCAACCAAACCCACAAAACACAAUCCAGCUGCAGGAACUCCUCUUCCACAAUGACAUCCAUCUGGCUGCUGCUGCUCUCCCUAACUCUCUCCAGUGUCUGUGUCAGUCUGGGGCAGCCCAUUCCAGAGGCAAACGAGAAUGGAGAUAGAAGUCAUUUGGAUGACAUCCUGCAAAGGGCAGAAAGCAUCAUUCUUCGGUCUAUCCUCAAGAAAGCGGAAGAGGAGGAAGAGACUAAUAAAGAACCAAGCGCUCCUCAGCCAGACUGGUUUUCCAAAAGACAACACCCUGGGAAGAGAUUCCCCAGUGACCUAGAGAAGAGGCAGCACCCUGGGAAAAGGGAAGAUGAGGAAGAAGCGUCUUAUGGAGAAACUCAGAAGAGACAACAUCCAGGGAGAAGAGAGGAAGACGACAACCUUGACAGUGACAUGGAGCUGCAGAAGAGACAGCAUCCUGGCAGGAGGUCACUGCGGGACCAGUAUGUUGAUAUCCCUAGCACUCAACUGGCCUAUCUGAAUGAACUAUCCAAAAGGCAACACCCGGGCAAGAAGUCUCUGAUUUACAACAAGCGUCAACAUCCUGGCAAGAGGAGCUGGGAUGACAAGCUGGAUCUGGGCGACCAAGACAUGGAGAAACGCCAGCACCCUGGAAGAAGAUACAUUGAUUCUGAAAGUCCAGAUUAUGAUGCCCCCUGUGACCUCCAGGAUUCCUUCAACUGUAGCAAAGGCAGCUUCUUGCUCGAGUUACUAGAUAAUGUCAACAACAGCAGAGUAGAAGAGAAGCGGCAGCAUCCUGGGAGGAGGUUUGCUUGGGAAGGUGAAGCAGGAGCAGAGGAGUGAGAAAGGGCGAUUGCAUUGGCCAUCAUUUACAUUUGAUUCAGUGUGAUCUGCCAGGCCACUUAAAAGUUCUGUUCAUUCCCCCCAACACACACUCUCUGCUGCUGACCUUCCAUAUGAGUAACUCCUUAGAAAUAAAGCUAAAAUCCUCGAAGAUUAAAGCCCUGAUUCAGCCAGAUACUUAGGCAUGUGCAUGGUCCCACUGAAGUCAAUGGCACAUCUCACAUAUUUAAAGUUAAGGAUGUGCUUACUUUGCUGACUCAGGGCACUAGGCUUAAUCCUGCCAAGUGCUGAGUGCCUUCAACUCCCACCAACAUGGAAAUUGAGGGUGCUUAGUAUCUUACAGGAUCAGGCUCUAAGAUGAUCCUUUAUGUGCACCCACCAAUUGUAUCCCCUGAGGGCUAGAAUGGCCCUGUUAUAUGAGUUCAGGAUACUAGAUGAUGAAGCAGAAUAAUUACAUGGCUCUUCUUAUGCAAGUGAAAACAAGGGAAUACAAGUGAAUUUACAGAGAGGGAGAGAACAACUACAACAACAACAACAAAUGAAGUGAUUUCAAAAUGAAAUUUAACAGGGCUUUACUUUUAAAUAAUACAUUAGUGAAACAUGUACGCUUAUGCACUUCAGCCUAUUCUGAUAAUAAACAUUAAUUCCUGGGCAGAGAGAGACUAUGCGCAUAUGUAACAGACUGGAUGUUUAGCUUUAAACCUUGCCUUCAAACAAACGACUUAAAAGCAAACAAUAUUUCAUUUAGAAAACUACAGAACAAGGACAUUUAAUAUGUCAUAACAAUUCAACAAGUUGAGAAGAGCCGUGUGUGUGACUGCGUAGUAGGGUCCUCUAAUCAAUACAUCUACAGUUCAGUCAUUUGAUUUGAAACUGAUGUCUUCUCUUUAUUAGAUAGCAACAUUCUAAAUUGCAACAAGCAGGCAUUUUCUCCAUAGGAGAAUUUUUGUUGUUCUUCUAAUUCAGUUUCUCCUGCUCCCCAUAAAAAAAAUGUUUUCACUUUAUGUGGUCUACAGAUUCUGCAAGGUGUUUAUUUAGCAUGAACAAUUAAUAAAUAUCAAUAGUCAAUCCCAUUGUAACUUCGGGUGUCCUUUAUGGUUGUGCAAAAUGCAAUUCAAUAAUAUGAAAAAUAUCAAGUCCUCCUGAGUUUAAAUUAAUACGAAAAAUAUUUUUCUAGGAACCAUUAUCUUGCAUCCUGGUGGUUACUAUAUGUUUGUAUACAGAACUAUUUUGCUAUUGAAGUGGAAGGCUGAUUUAUACAAAAGAUAGUACAGUCCCUUUUGAAACCUUCUACUUGUGUAUUAUAAUAAAGAUAUGCAUCUGGAAUAAACC